AUAAAUACGAGCCCCCUACGCUGCAUUUCUUCCCUUUUCUCCUCCUCCUUACCUCCCCCCAUAUGAAACUUUUAGAAGUUUUUGGUAUAUUUUCUUUUAUUUACUGCUAUAUUUAUUGCUAAGUCCUGUUAAAGCCAUGCUGUUCACUGAUCCGAUAACGUUUUGCUCCAACCCCAUGGUCGAAAGUAAUCCAAUUCCGCCUCUUGAAAGCGGAUGGGAUUGCUCCCAACUCUUUACCACUACCCAAUCAGUAGGACCUGCCGGGUUGGGUUCAGCUUCAAGCGAAGCAAAUCAAAACCAAAACCAAACCCAAACCCACUCCAAUUCCAAUUCCGGUUUGGAUGAAUCAAACCAAACUGUUCCCAUCAUGGACGAGCGAAAGCGCAGACGUAUGAUAUCGAACAGGGAAUCAGCCAGGAGGUCACGGAUGCGUAAACAAAGGCACCUAGAAAACCUAAGGAACCAAGCCAACCAGCUUAGAAUCGAGAACCAACAACUGUCCAACCGUUUGAGGUUCCUUUUGUACCACAGCCACCGUGUGAGGACCGACAACGACCGCCUCCGAUCCGAAUACAGUAUGCUCCGUCAAAUAUUGCUUUUCAAGCAACUGCAGCAGUUUCCAUCAUCUGCAUGGCCAUGCAAUAACGUUACCGUCAUGUCCGAACAAACUGCACCAUUAAUCAUCUAAACAGAUAUAUUAAAGUCUACAAUAACUUUCAUCAAAAUUCUCUGCGAAGAAAAUAAAAGCUAGCUGAUCUCUAUCUCUCUUCUCUCUUUCUGUAAAUUAAAACUGGUGCUAGAGAAAGAAAAUUGGUGGGUAACGUGGGUUUUCUUGGUUUGUCCUCUCUUUUUUCUUGUCCUUUUUUGAGGAUGAAGAAACAAGAGUGUUGUAGUGUAAAAAAAAUAAAAUAAACCUAUCAUUCUAAAAUAAUAUUUUUACA